CGCCACAUCCGAAUAUCAUUUAUCUGGAAAUGGCAAUCGAUACCAACACCUCUUGGAAAACAACACUUAUAAUCAGCGCCUCCCCUAAGUGUGAUGAAGCCUCGCAGAUUCUUCUAGCGCAGCACCACAGGAUUCGCCGAUCGGACAGUAUUUUAUCCUCUUCCUUUGUUUCCCCCUUGUCAGGUACAGCUUUCUUGCUGCUCACACCCGAGGAGUUUCCAGCUAAGCUUGAGAAUGCAGAAUUUUUGGAGAGAAUUGAGAAAUUUGUGCAGGUCCAUAGGAACAGUUUUCUUCUGCUUCAAGCCCCAGUUUAUGGAAAAAGGGAGUGGGAGAUUUUAUCGUCUGUGCAAAACAGAUUUCUUGGCCGUAACCUCAGAGUCAUACCUGUGCACAGCACUGCUGAUGUAGUGAAGGGAAUUCUGGUCAUCGCCAAAGCCACAAGUAAACCCAGUGUGGUGAAUUUGAGAGAUCAGAUGUCUUUGGCUUGUACUCACAUCAUUGAUCGUAGCCCAGUUUGGGGAAUGCUUCGAGGGAUGGAGUUCUAGAGAUGUUCCUCUCCAUUCAUGUCCUUAUUGAUGACUAUGCUUGUUUUGAACAGCAGAUGUCAGUAUUGUUUCAUAGUAAGUGUUGUGUCAAAACGGUUUCUUGCCGUUCAUCAUUUGUUGUUUAGCCUUAAAAAAACAUUUACUAUUAAGAAAAAAGUAACAUAGUCAGAGGAAAACUCUUAAACCUUUUAUUCGUGCUGGAAAAAUCUUCAAGGACAGAACACAGAAUAGUAUUGAAAAUAUUGAUAUCGUAACUCUUACAUUGUUCCAUUGUUCCUUAUCAUUUCAAAUGUGUCAUGCUACAGAGGAGGAAAAUAAAUUAAUAGACUAUUAAGUUCAGAAAGCA